UUAUUUACAGAGCAAGAAUCGGGCGUAAAGGGGAGUGGGGACGCCGUACUGUCUCCCCUGCGCGCUGGCUUUAGGAAAGUGGCGAGGAACAAGGUCUGCGCGGGCAGAGCGCUGCAGCGGCCGGAGGAUCGGUUCUCCGUACGCCCGGUGUGGUUGCAGCUGAAGGGGCUUCCUUGCCAAUCCUGCAUUUCCAGGGUCCGGCGGGCCCUGCUGGAAUCUGGGACUGCAGGACGGCCGACACGAGAAGACGGUUCGUUCUUAGGAAGGGUCGAUGCGUUGUCCGAUCGGAGCCCUUCCUUGCGGUGUCGCAAGGUGAAGCGAUCUCGGUACGUCCGGCAGCAAAAAAAGCCAGACAGGAGGGUCCUCAAUGGAGCGUCACUCCAGUUUCUUCUUCAUCUGGCUACAACUGGAGCUGUGCGCCAUAGCCAUCCUAUUGACUAAAGUUAUCCAUUUGACUGAAGAAUCUUAAUGGUUGUUUUGCUUACCAAAUGAACAUUUCCAGGCAAAGGAGAGGUGAAAUCAGAUGCUACUGUGAUGCUGCACAUUGUGUUGCAACAGGCUAUAUGUGCAAAUCGGAGCUCAGUGCUUGUUUCUCUAGACUGCUUGACCCACAAAACAGCCAUUCUCCACUGACUCAUGGUUGCUUGGACUCCUUUGCAAGCACCCUGGAUAUUUGUCAAGUUGACAUAGCCCAAAACCACUCUGGCACUGCCAUACCCACGCUGGAGUGUUGCCAUGAGGAUAUGUGCAAUUACAGAGGCCUCUAUGAUGUUCUGUCUACUUCCAGAGGUGACCCAUUGGGACAAGGGAGCAGAUACCAACAUGACAACAGCCGAAACCUCCUCACUAAAGUUCAGGAGCUUACCUCCUCAAAGGAAUUGUGGUUCAGGGCUGCUGUCAUUGCUGUCCCCAUCGCAGGUGGACUGAUCUUGGUGCUCCUCAUCAUGUUAGCAUUGCGUAUGCUCAGAAGCGAAAACAAACAACUGCAGGACCAGCGGCAACAGAUGCUCUCAAGAUUACACUACAGCUUCCAUGGACAUCAUUCCAAAAAAGGACAAAUGGCCAAGCUAGACUUGGAAUGCAUGGUGCCUGUCACUGGUCUUGAGAACUGUUGCAUGACCUGUGAGAAGAUGCGACAGCCGGAUCUCAGUAAUGACAGAAUACUUUCACUAGUCCACUGGGGCAUGUAUGGAGGGCAUGGAAAGCUGGAAUUUGUGUGAUCACUUCUUUUUUGCUUUAUAUAUAUAUAUAAAUGUUGUCCUUAAAAUUACUAGGAUUUUUUUUUCAAAGGCUGUUGGGUUCUGCUGGACAGGAGCACUUUAUAUAGGGUUGGCAGGGAAGCCUACAGUCAUUAGUCAAAAGAAGAAGAAGAAAAGGACGUCUGCAGAUGGAACAUUGGAUUUGUCUUUUGAAGGAUUCCAAAAGAUCUUAUUUGCACAGAGUAAAUACACCUGAUGUAUUGUUUGUUUUAACAUUAUGAAAGCCAAUUUGAGAACUUGUACGUGCUGUUACCACAGUUGUCUGAGCUGUAGGGAAAUGGGGGAAUAAUUAUACUAUUAAAUGGUAUGCACAUUCUGAUGUAAAGAUUUUUUUAAAAACCACACAAAUAUAUAGAUAUAUAUUUUGCCUGAAA